CUCCUAUUUCUAGAAACGUUUUGUAUCCAAAGCAAGGUUUUAUAGCCGCAGAUUCAUUUCCACACCACAAUUAUACACAAACAAACCUUUUCGCCUUUCACAUCUUAAAUCUCUCUGUUUCGUGCCUCACACGUGCAAUGGAACUUAUUCCACACUAUUAUAUUACUGUCAUUAUAAAUACCCUCAUAGCCUCUCCACACUUUGAAAAGCCUAAACCUUCACACAUUAGUUUUUUUGUACCAUAAUUCACUUAUUACUUAUUCCGUUUCUUGCAGCUAAUGGUUAGAGGAGGCAUCACCAAAUCAAACUUGUUGCUUCUGGGGGGAGCUAAGAGAGCAAAGAGUGGACUCAGCAAAUUCUCUGCUACUGCACGAGCUUCUGCUGCAGAAAGCUCUGGAGAAAUCUCAAAGAGUGGUGGUGGGAGGGUAGAGGAUUCAGCGUGGUGGGUCCCACACCCACGCACAGGAAUUUACUUCCCCAAAGGACAUGAGUGGGUGAUGGAAGAUGUUCCAGAGGAUGCAGCUCGUUUAAACCAGACAUUUUGGUUCAGAAACGUUGAUGGUGUUGACAUCCCCAAACACCAACCUUAAUCACUGUCCCACAACAACAUUCUACUGAUCUCGUAUCAUGUAGUCGUGUCGUGUCACACAUUGUUAAUUAACCCUUCUCCUAGAAAGGAUAAGAAUAUAUUAUUAUAGUCAGAAUAACAACAUGUAAUAAUUUCUCGUGGUUGAGGGCAACACGGUCGUGUUCUUACACUUCCCGACCAUGCAUGAUGCUUAUAUGUAUCAUAACAAGUUUAUUAUUAUUAAACUAUAUAUAUGUAUCUGCAAAAGUCUGGUAUCGUACCCUUUUUUUUUUGGUCUGUUUGGUAAUGGUACAGUUACGGAGUACGAACGAAGAGUCCACAUAGUUGUGAGCACUUGAUAAAGGAGGCAAUAUUGAUCACUAAAAGUUCAUGAUCGCAUCCAGAUAUGAUUCUAGUUUUCGUUUUACAUCACCAACUUUUGUGCUAUAAAAUUGUCCUGAAGGAAUCAUAUGAAAGCCUCGUUUGUGGUGCAGCUUGGGCUUUGUGUUGCCCCAUUACAUGAGGCGAUUGUUUCUGAAGCCGGAGUGUGGAAUAUUGAAUGUAACAGGAAAAAUGCGUCUUUAAUCAUCAAAGCAUUUAUGCUAGAUUCCAUUGUUAUCUAUCUCACACUACAUUUCUUCUGGUGUAGUGAAGAAAACAGAUGAUGAAUAUUAGCUCAUUAUUACGCAGUCA